UAAUAUAGAAAUAAACAAUGAUGAAGACAAACAAAAGUUGGCCCAAUUAUUUUCUGAUACUGAAUUUGCAAAAGGCAAAAUAAUAAAGACUAAGCAAAAAAAGGAAUAUGCUAGUAUACUUACAGAAAAGCCUAUUAAAACAGCAUUGCUGAUAUAUGCUCCAAAACUG